AUGGAGAACGGUCAUGACGAGGAAAACGCGGAAGUGAAAUUGGCUCGCAAAAUGACGGGCUCGGGGCUCAAUACUCGCAACAAUGAAAACCCCGUUUCAGCUUCAUCCAAUUCGAAUAUGCCCAACAGCCACAACGACCACCACAGCAACGAUAGUUUGUGUCAGGUCAUGAAAGCAGUUGAAGCUGCUGAAGCCACAAUCAAGCAACAGGUAGAAGAAAAUACUCGUUUGAGGACUGAACUGCAGAGGACAAUGCAGGAACUAGAGAAAGUUAAAAUAGGUGAGCCUGUGGCACUAGGAUCACAUUCUGCCCAUCCAUGGAAUGAACGGAUCCAUAGUCGUUAUGAAGUUUAUCAGUCAGACUUGAUCGGUAAUCCUGAGGAUAAAGCUAGGAGCAUGAACAGCAACUCUGCAGUGGAUCCGUCUAGUUUGAUGGUUGCUCACCAAGGUUUGAAGCCCAAUACUGAAGAUACAAGUCAAGUUCAUGUUGAAAACCACUCUGAUAGAAGCAACAGCAAUGGGAGAUUGAAGGCUUCUCCUGAUAGGCAUGCACCGGAAAGUUCCAAUCUCUCUCAGUUUUCUUCACCAUCCCGGGCAUCUGUUUCUCCUGGGAGGUAUCAAAUUGAAGGAGACUAUGAACCACAACUUAAUGUGCCUGGCCAUGGCACCAUGCAAAUGGCUGAAGUGAAUAAUUCUAACAGACUCUUGAAACAGGAUUUUGUUCUCAAGGUUCAUGAGCAUGAAGAAGAAAUAGUGCAAUUAAGGAAACGUCUAGCAGAUUAUUCUGUUAAGGAAACACAAAUUCGGAAUGAAAAGUAUGUUUUGGAGAAGCGUAUUGCUUACAUGCGUCUGGCCUUUGAUCAACAGCAACAAGACCUUGUUGAUGCUGCUUCUAAAACUCUUUCGUAUAGACAAGACAUUAUCGAGGAAAAUAUACGCUUAACAUAUGAAUUGCAGGCUGCUCAACAAGAAAGAUCGACAUUUGUGACUUCUUUAAUGCCACUACUUGCCGAUUAUUCCUUGCAACCACCAGUCCCAGAUGCUCAGUCAAUUAUUAGCAAUGUCAGGGUUCUAUUCAGACAUCUGCAGGAGAAGCUCAUACUCACUGAGUCAAAGCUCAAAGAAUCCCAGUAUCAAUUGACACCAUGGCGUUCAGAAGUGAGCCAUUCCAGUGUUACAUUGCAGUCCCCAGCUCAUUCAAUGGGCGCAGAAUUGAACAAGAAUAGGCUCGAGUUGGUUCCUCAGCCUACAUAUGCUUGUGCAAAUGCGGCAAUGGCCUCCUCUGAUGUUCAGGCAGCAGCAGAUUGGGAUAUUCCCAGUCAUAACCAGAGUGGAUUUGGAGGUGGUAUUCCCAAAAAUCAGGAAAUCAAUGAUGGUGGAAGAUAUUCACCUCUUGCAAGCAGAAAUACUGCUGCCCGAGAUUUGCCAGAACAAUUUGCAGUUACCAGGGGAGAUUCUCCAGCGAUGCAGUACAAUGGAGACAACACUAAACAAGUAACAUUUCGUGAUUCUGUGAGCAAUAGCGAGAUGGAUGACCUUGAAGCUGAAGUUCAACUGAACGACAGAGAAGCUCAAUCGAAUUGGGGGUCAGGAACUCCUUACACAACUACGAUUGAUGACCCUACUUCUUCGUAUUCCCCUUAUCUGCCUCCUGUUCUUGAAGAACCUUCUUCUUCAUUUUCUGAGGCUGCCGAUGAUGAUCCUUUACCAGCCAUCGAAGGCCUUCAAAUUUCAGGUGAUGCAUUUCCUGGCCGAGAGCUCCAGGCAUGUGGAUACUCUACUAACGGAACAACUAGUUGUAAUUUUAAGUGGGUGCGUCAUUUUGAAGAUGGAUCUGUUGAUUAUAUUGAUGGAGCAAAACAACCGAAUUAUCUUGUGACUGCUGAUGAUGUUGAUACAUAUCUAGCUAUAGAAGUCCAGCCCCUAGAUGACCGGAAGCGCAAGGGAGAACUGGUCAGGGUCUUCGCAAAUGAGAACAGAAAGAUUACUUGUGAUGUUGAAAUGCUGAACCAUAUAGAGAGGAAUUUUUCUAAUGGUCAUGUUGCAUACAAGAUUUCUUUGUCGACUGGGUAUCUUGAUAUAUGGGAGCCAGCUACUUUAGUCAUCAAGAGGGACAGUUACACUAUCAAGAGUGGCGGGCCUAAUGGAGCUGUGGUCAGUGAGAAGUUUUCGUCAAAGACAAGUGUCACAAUCCCUUAUGGGCACCCCGUAGAAUUCGUUAUAGUUUGUGCUACUGGAGGUCAGCAUCUGUUACGAACAGAUAAUGAUGCAGCAGAUGUUAGCUGCUCAAGAGAUAUCAUUGUGCUUACCAUGAGACUGUUCAUCAUAAAGGCUGGGGAAAAAAGGAAAGGAAAGAAGAGGGGACUGUUUUUCAACAAGUGA